GUGAGUUGCUGGGGCGCAUCUAGGAACUCCAACGGCCACGGAGCGUCUCCUAGCAACGCCUGGCGCGUCCCCAGCGACGACGGCCUCUGCCCGCCUGGAGCGCCAUGGAGUCGCCCCCGGCGGUCCCCGAAGCUCAGGCGGCAGGUCACCCACCGGCCCUGGCCGGCUCACCCUCAGAGGACCACUCCUGGGCCCGCUCCGUCCGGCGGCGCCUGGCAGCCGAGCUCCAGGACUGUGGGCACGUUGACUCCAAGCACGUGGAGGCCCUUGUGGCUGAGCUGAUAGUCCUCUUCCAUGCCGUGCUGCAGAAGAGCAGCCGCCGUGCCUGGCUGCGUCUGGUGGAGGCCCUGCACUUGACGGCGCCCUUUCGGCAGCUGCUCUCUGGGCGGACAGAGCUGGCCCCCUACCUGGAGGGCCUCUACUAUCAGUUCCAAAGCGGCCAAGCUCUGGUGUCUGACUUGGAUGUCUUGGGGGCCAUCGGGCAGGUGUUCCCCAAAGAAUCUUGGGCCCCUCCGAGAGCUACGUAUCCCCGAGACUCUGCAGACACAGCCAAACUGAUGCCAUCUAGCCAGGAGCCGGUUUUUGCUGGUUUGCCCUGCCCUUUUGCUACCGGCUGGGAAGGACCCGGAGCUUCCAGCAUGCUGCAGCCAGACCCUGUGUCUCUUCAGGAGCUGCAGAGGUGUGUGGGGCCAGUUGGCAGCAAGGUAGCCCAAGAGGAGAUGCCUUGGGCCAGCAGUCUGGGCCUGAUGGCUCUGACACUAGCCACGGAUGUGCCAACAGAAUACCUCUGCACAGACUCACCCAGCGCUGCACAACUAUCCUCAAAGACAAUCAGCGAGACACCAGGACCAACCCUGAUGCCCAGGAAGAUGACAGCAGCAGCACUGGGCAAGGAGGUGGCACCGAGCAAGGAACCACCAAUGACAGGUCUCCAAGCUGCUGAAACAUUUGCAAGGAACAGGCAAUUAGGGAAAAUGCAAUUCCUGUAUCUCAACGUUGCCCCCAACAAGCAUUUCAGGCCUUAUGACCUGGUGACGGUUCCCAAGCAUCUGGUCAAUGCCCAGCAUUAUGUGUUUUCACCCUAUGGAGUGCUGCAUGUGCACCCGGAGGAGGGGACGGAGGCGCUUUCCCUGGGCAAAUGGCACCGGGAGGCUGUGCUGUGGCAGCUGAUGCAGUCCAUUCCUUCCUUUCGGCUUUUCCUGGUCCGCAAAGCCUUCAUCCGCUGGUGCUUCAAUGUCAAACACCUGCAGUAUCUGAAGCGUCGUGAAAAGUUGCAGCUGCAGCUACUCCAGGCGGUGCCUCACUUUGGAGCGGCCCUUCUUCACAUUUCCAGGCUUCUGCAGGAGCUGCGCUCCGUCCACUGGCUGCCCACCAACCACACCAAGUGCUUCAGCUUUCCGGAGCUGCAGCGAGCCCUGGACCAGGAGAACAGCAACGCCCAAGGACUGCUCAGCCGGUUCCUGGCCCUCUGUACCUCUAUCUUGGAGCUGGUGCGGGGUGACACGUACAAGAUGGUCCAUGGCUUGCAAAUGCAGGUGCAGAACUACAAACUGUACAUCACCAAGGAGUCCCUGUACAACCAGCGAAGGCAGUAUGAGAAGCUGCAGCACCGCUUGCAAGAGGCCGAAUCUUGGCUGCAGAGGCUGGGCUUCUUGGCUCUGCUAGUGAAUUUCCUCAUCUGCCAGACCUUGGUCUCUGUGAUGCAGGAGGAGUUCACCACCUUUGUCAGUAGUACCAUGAAGGCUGACGGGACGGUCCGGAAGGCUGUCCUCCGAGUACAGCUGGUGUUCAGUGAAGACAGCCAACUGAUGCUCUUUCCUUCCAGCCAGGAGCUGGAGGACUGCCUGUUGGGGGCUAUGAUGACCGUGCUGGAGUCGGUCCUGCAGACCACCCGAAUCAGAAGUGAAAAGCCAGAGACCCAGGAGAACCUACCAAGGUCCACAUCUGAAGUUCAACAGGGUCUGGCUCAUCCUGCUGUUGAGCCAAAGAGGGACAUGGGAAAAAGUCAAUCUGUUGCUGUGGCAGGUGCAAGCAGAAGUGGCAGGCAGACCUUCUUCUCAGAGGCCACUGAGCAGCUCCAGCAGAUGUCCACAGCCAUGGUGUGUGGUGAGGAGCCCCAGCUGGUGCAUCGGCUAGAUUUGAAGGCUUUUGGUGGCCUGGAGGUGGUUGGCCAUCGGCUCAGGGGCGAGUACCCUUUGCUGUCACGUCAGCAGCUGGAGAAGGACCUGCAGUCUGACCAUAUCAUUCAGGAGGCUCUGGCCCAGCAGCGUGCUCAGCUCACGGCCGCACUGACGGACACCCAGCUGCUGUGCCGAGAGUACUCCUGGUUAGGGGAGAUCUGCCACUUUGUGCAUAGCUGGGGGACAGACCAGCUGGAGAGCAUGAAGGGAUGGCCGGCCGAGGAGUAUGUGAACCGAAUCCUCAAGCUGCGCACGUGGGUGACCCAGGUCCAGAACGUGCCACGGGUUGUUACCACGUAUAACCACCUCCUUUUAGUGGACUGCAGUGGUAUUCACCAGGAUAUUCUGCCCUUGCUGGCUUCCAUCAGCGAGGACAUCCUGUCCCUGUUGCUGAGCGAAACGACCCAGCGCAGCGAACUGUUGAUUGCUGAGCUCUCUGGAGUCUUGCAGCUCUUCCUGAACGUCGGCACGGACAUCCUCACGAUUGCCAAGUGCUCCCAAAAGCUGGAGCAGUACCAGGGGCAGAUGACGGAGCUGCAGGAGUAUGUGGACUAUGUGCGGGCCCUAAAUGAGGUCAUCCAGCAGUGCUUCCGCCCACUGAGCCCUAAGGAAGAGGCCCUGGAGAACCUGCUCCUGGACACCUGGGAUGCCUUCGUGUAUCAGCAGCGGGAGGUUUCAGACUUCAUCGUUUCGCGGCGCCUCAGCAUCAUUGCGGAGCUGAGCAGCUCGCUUCAGAAGGCGGCCCGGGACCUGCAGGAGAUGCUCUCUGCGGUCACCAUGGGCCGAUUCCAAGACCCGGCCCAGAACCCCCGGGCCAUAGAGGAGGAGCUGCGUGCAGUCUUCCAGCGCUUCCAGGCCACAGUGGUGCGUGCGGCCGACUUCUGCCGCUCCCAGCGGAUCCUGACAGGGGAGUGCAUGGACAUCUCCUUUAUCACUGGACAGCAAGGGGUCAUUGAGAUCCAGGCCCGCAUCUGGCAGCUUUUCCGAGUCAUCUCGGAGCAGAUCACGGAGUGGAAGUGCCUAGCCUUUGUCAAGUUCAGCACCAGCCUGGCCUUGGAGAAGACAGAGGACUGGCAGAAGGAAGUGAUCAGCCUUGAGCACUCCGUGCCUAGCAAUCACCCCAUCCUGCAAGCUUGCUUGCGUGCCAUCGGCAACUUCCAAAAGUACCUUCCCUUGCUACUGAAACUUGGCAGCCAAUUCCUCAGGGCUAGCUGCUGGAAGGAGAUCUUUGCUGUGAUGGGCGUCAAGUGCCCCCUGAACAUGCAGUUCACGCUGGGCCAGCUUCUUUCCUACCCACUGCUGGAGCACAGCGAUGCCAUCUUUCGGGUCUAUGCUUCUGAGAAGAGCCGGCAUUACGCGAGGGACACCCUCCACCACCUGGAGAGGACUUGGGCCAAGAAGCAGCUACGCCUCGUCAAUUUCAUCCUCAACGUGCCCUACCAGGAACCGCAGCCGGAGCGUUUCCGGCGCCUGGGCAGUGGGCGACAGCGCCCUGCCAAGCUGGAGUACAUCUCCAAAGACAGUGGCACUUAUGUCUUGUCCGACACGGCGGAACUGAAGGCUGCUGUGGAACACAGCAUUUUAACCCUCCAGAACAUGAUCUUGUCCCCUUUCUCGUCUGACAUCCUGGAGGAGGCGGAGAGCUGGGCUUCCACGCUGCGUGCCUUUGAUUCCCUCCUGGACGCCUGGGUCAGUUUCCAAAAAAAAUGGGUUUUCUUGAAUAUUGUUCUCUAUGAGAUGGACAUUUCUCUCCCCAGUGCGGAGCUGGAUUCACGCUUUCAGGGAGUGGACAGCCUUUUCCGGGAAUUCAUGCAGGUGACUUGCAAUGACCCUCUGGUGCUCUCCUGCGUGAAGCCAGCGGCCGGAUCGUGCCGGGAUGGCCGUUUUGUCGGGGCCACCUUGCAAGCUACGUUUCUGGAAGGGUCUGGAGACCUGCAGGUCAUCAUCCGUGCGCUGGACUACGUGCUCGAGGCUACCCGCAUGGCCUUUCCCCGCCUCUUCUUCCUAAGUAAUGAGGAGUUGGUAGCCAUGGUGGCCACGGCUUCAGAACCAGCUGAUGCGUCCACCUGGUCCCAGCGCUGCUUCCCGGGUGUGCGCCAACUCCAAAUGAUUGUGCCCUCUGCCACAGAGGACCGUGGCACAUUCUCAGCCCAGCUGCCAGUGGCGCAAGUGGCCAGCUUGGUGGGAGAACACGGGGAGGUCCUGAAGCUGUGCUCGGCGGUCUCCCUCAGCCGGAAGGCAACUCAGUGGCUCUUCACCCUGGAACAGCGCAUGAAGGAGUCCCUCUUCCACCUGGUGCAGGGGUGUGUAGCCCAGCGCCUGGCCCUGCGGCCGCAGCUGGACCAGGCCUUUGAGCGGCCCCCUGGCCCCACGGAGCUGCCCCUUCACCUCGUCGCGGAGUCCUGGGCGACCCUGGGCAGUACCUUCCCCGCGCAGUGCGUCCUGCUGGCCGAGGAGGCCGUCUGGCGUGGGGCUGCCGAGGAGGCCCUCGCUGACCCGGGCAGCCAGCCGCGGCUCCAGCUGAAACUGAGCUUGAAGCUGGAGGCCCUGGCCCAUUCCCUCCGCAGCUACCGUGGCACCCAGGCCUGGGACCCAGCGAGUGACCAGCUGGGCCUGUUGCUGGGGGGGCUGAUCAUCCUGACCCUCCACCAGCGGGAUGCCCUCUCCCAGCUGCUGGCGUGCAAGGUGAGCUCCCCGCAGGCCUUUGAGUGGGCGCGGCUCCUCAAGUACCGUGUGGCCCUGAGUCCGGAGCGGGCCCGGGCCGCGGGGCUCUCUCUGGGCUCUGCCUGGGUGGGCAGUCCUCCCGGCUGCUGGGCCGAGGUCCUCGACAGCCGCCUGCCCUACGACUACGAGUACCUGGGGCCCGGCCUGCGCCUCCUCGGCAGUCCCGCCUUGGACCGGACCUUCCUGGGGCUGCUGCUGGCCCUCGACGAGUUCCGCUGCGGGGGCCUGCUUGGCCACCCUGACUCGGGCAAGUCCCACACGGUGCAGGGCCUGGCUUACGCCCUGGGGCGCCAGCUGGUGACACUGCACUGCACCCUGCAGAUGCCCGUGAGCUGCCUGGCCCGGCACCUCUGCGGGGCUGUGCACGCUGGGGCCCUCCUGCUGCUGGAGUCGGCCGAGCGCCUGGAGCCCGGCGUGCUCUCAGCCUUCAGCCAGCGCCUGGUUGACCUGCAGCGGAUGUGCCUCGGCCUGCAGGGGGGCCGGGGGGCACCCCCCGGCGUCUUCUCAGCCCAGCCCUCCACGGCCAGCCCAGAGUCGGUGGGUUCGGAGAGCUCUGAAGGGGGUGAGGGGGAGCUGGUGGGGGCCUGGCCAGAGCUGGGCGUGGAUGAGAGCGAGCCGUACCAGCCACGGGUCCUGGGCAACAUCCUCUUUGGGGGGCGCCUGCUGCGAGUGCGUGAGACCUACGGCUGCGUCGUCACCAUGGGGCACCUCCCGGAGCCCCUGCGCCUGGCUGUCCGCCCCUUGGCGCUGCUGCCCCCUGACCUCGCCAGGCUGGCCGAGGUCGCCCUGCUGGCAGCGGGCUUCCGGGAGGCCACGCGCCUGGCUGGGAAGCUGUGUGCCUUCCUGCGCUUGGAGGGGGAGCUCCACCGCGUCCCCCCGCUCAGCCGGCCCUCUCUGGUCCGAGAGGUGAUCCGGACAGCGGUUGGCAUUCUGCUUGCCCGCCCGGCCGCCGGGGGGCGAGACCUUCUCCCGGCCAAGGCCAAGCCGUCGACUCGGACCGCCUUUUUCUUGGGCCUGGAGGAAGAGCCCUCCAUGGCCAAGGCCCUGUCGUUCUCGCCCCUGCUGAGCGGCCCCGAGUGCCCCCGGCUGCAGAAAGUGCGGGAGCUGCUGCGAGAGGUCUUCCCCAGCGCCUCCUUGCAGCCGUCGGAGCCCCCGGCCCCCCCGCGGCUCCACGGGGCCCUGGUGGCCCAGCUGCAGGAAGACAAGCUGCACCCGGACCUCGAGCUGCUGAGGGGGGCUGCUCUGCUGGCGCACCUCCUGCAGAGGGGUGCCCCCGGCGUCCUCCUCCUGGGGCCUUCCGGCAGCGCCAAAACCACCACCUGGCGCACCCUGGCCAAGGCACAGAGCAGGCUGGCAGCCUCCGAGGCCGCCGCCGCCGCCGGGGCGCCGACCCCCAGUGGGCCGCGGAGCCCCCUCUUCCAGCCCAUCAGCACCACCUGCUUGUGGCCCAACGGCUUGAGUGCCACUGAGUUGAUGGGCAGCCUGGAGGGCAGCGUUUGGCAGGACGGGGUGCUCACCCGGGUCCUCCAGAGGGCCGCCGCCUCCGCCCUGGCAGGCGGGGCAGGCGAAGGGGUCCCUCAGCAGUGGCUGGUGAUGGAUGGCAGCGCCUGUGCCGAGUGGCUGGAACCCGUCGCCUCCCUGUUCGGUCCCCGGCCCUCCCUCAGCUUGCCCAGCGGGCAGAGGCUGCCAAUCCCGCAGCACGUGAAGUUCCUCUUUGAGAUGCCGGAUGCCUCGGGGAUGCCCCCCUCGGUCUUCACCCACUGUGCCAUCCUGCACUGCGGGGGCUCCGCCCUCUGGCAGGCCCUGCUGUCUUCGGCCCUUGCCCCCGUGUACCGCAGGUACAGCCUGACCCAGGAGAGCCUGGCCCUGCUGCGCGACCUGGCGGAGGCGCUCUUUCCCGCCACGCUGGCCUUCCUGCAGGAGCGCUGCUGCUCCGUGCUGCUCCCCCACGCCCACCCCCAGAGCCCCGUGGCUCAGGGGGUCCAGGAGACCAUGACCUUCAGCCGAUUACUCCAUGCGCUGCUGGAGCACUACCUGCGCCGGGACAAGAUCAGGCACCUGCCUGCCCAACAGGAGGUGACAGAGGCCAAGGCCACCCACGCGGCCUCGGGCCCCCGUAGCCUCGAUGACAGUGUCCCUGCCCACCACCACCACCUCGUCCAGAGCAUCUUUGUCUUCGCUUACGUUGGGGGCUUUGGAAGCCAUCUCCACCCCAGGCACUGGCCUCUCUUUGACUGCUUUGCCCGGCGGGCCCUGCGUGGCAGUCCCCUCUCCGUGCCGCUUCCUUCUGCGACAUCAGUGUUCAACCUCUACCCGCAAUUGGAAGAUGGUGCUUUGGUCCCCUUCCGUGGGCAAUAUCUGCCUGGCCGUGUCAAGGGCAUCCCUGUCAGCUUCUCAGUCCUGCCGCAGUACGAGCGGGUGCUUUUUACGGUGGACCUCUUGCUGGCCUCGGAUCAACCUGUUCUCCUGGUUGGAGAGCCUGGUUGUGGAAAGUCGUCCUUUGCUGAGGCGCUGGUGCAGCCCAACUUCUUCUACCACCGGGUGCUCCUCACACCAGCUUUCCGUGCGUCUCACCUGCGGCACCUCCUGCUCCGGCGGUCCCUGGGAGGGGUGCGGGACAAGGGCCUUUUCCCUGUGGGCAAGCCUGCCCGGGGCCCGGCCAGCAAAGGACGCUGCCUGUUCUUGGUGGAGGAUCUGCACAUGGCCUUUGUGGACCCAGUCCGAGAAGCCAGCCCUGUGGUCGAGGCCUUACGCCAGGCUCUGACCCACCAGCAGUUCUACCACCCAGAAACCCUGGAGCUGCAACCCUGCCCAGCCCCCGGCUUCAACUGCUUGGGCACGCUCUCUGUGCCGGUGAGCGGGGCCCGGCCCCUUUGCCCUCGCUUCGGCAGACUGUUCAGCCCAGUCGUGUUGCCAGCCGUGACCAGGAACUCCUUGCUCAGCAUGUACACGGGGACGAUCCUGGCCUGGCUGGAGAAGUUCCCGCUACUGACCCGCCACAGUGACUUGGCCUCGGCCCUGAUCCGGGCCACCGUGGAGGCCUACGAGGCCGUGAGGAGGCAGUUCCAGCCCUCGCCCGCCUGCGGCCUUUUCCACUUCUCCCUGCACGACAUCCAGAAGGUGAUCCGGGGCUUGCUGCUCUUGCGGCCCCGCCCAGGCAUCCACCUCACCAGCCCUCUGGACGAGCACGGGGGCUUCCGAGUGGCCCCCCGGCGCGCGUCGGUCCCCGGCAGGCUGGCCGUAGGGACCGGCCCCACCACCCUCCUCAGCGUGCGGCUGAUCGUGCGCCUCUGGCUCCACGAGUGCCUGCGGGUCUUCUGCGACCGGCUGAGGGGGGAGGCUCAGCGAGAGGGGUGUGUGCAGAUGCUGGUGGAGAUUGCCACCGCCACCUUCUGUGCCAAGCCCAAGAUCUUGCAUGUGGUGCCCUCCCCGGGAGCCCAGAGGACGCCUAUUCCCGACCGCCUCUUCCACGGGGCCGUCCCUCUUGCCAGCCCCUGCAGCUGCUCCUGGAGCCGUGCAGAGGAAGAGGAGGGGUCCGCCCGAGAGGAGGACCUCCUGCCCACCCUGCAGGCUGAGCCCGAUGGGCGGCGGGGGUGCCACAGCCGCUGCAGCAGCCAGAGGGAUGACCUGAGUCCGUGGGACCCCGUGGAGCAAGCCCCCGCUCUGUCCCUGGAGCCUCCUGCCCAGGACCCUUCCGAAGAGCCCGCCCUUGGGGAGCCAGAAAGCGAGCCCCCUGAGGCAGAACCCGAGGACCCCGAGAUGGGGGCCUACGGCCCCAACGCUCACAACCCCUACCAAGAGAAGCAGUGGAAGGGGUUGGCGCGCCAGGCGGCCGCCUCGCUGGCCCCCGACGUUCUGCUGAGCACGGAGGGUCUGCGGCAUCUGGUGCGCCUGAGCCGCUUGCUCUGCGGCCCCAACCGGCACGGCGCGCUGGUCUCCUUCCACCGUUGGACAGGGCGGCGGACGCUGGUGGCUAUGGUGGCACGAGCCACGGCUUCUUUACUGAUGGAGCUGUCGGAAAAAGCGGACGAGGCCCAGACGCUGGCGCUGUUGCGGCUGGCCAGCUGGCAGGCAGGCGUGACGGGCCGCCAGGUGGUGCUGGUGGUGCCCUCGGGGUUGUGCCUGGCCGGCUUGCACCUGGUGCUGGCCCUCAUGGCCGAUGGGACGUGCCCUGGGCUCUACAGCGCAGAAGACCACCUGUCCAUCAUCCAGGCUAUGCUACAGGAGAACCCGGGCAUCAAGCGCACCAUGCGGGACGACCUCAUUCUGCAGAGGUUCUUCCAGUUUGUGCGCUCCAAUCUGCAUGUGGUGCUGAUGCUGGGGGGACCCGGCUCCUUAGCCCUGCCCCCUCUCACAGCGACAGCCCUGGCCCAGCUGCUGUGCCACCUGGAAAUCUGUCGGCCCUGGAGCCUGGAGUCCCUGAGGGAGGUGGCUCAGAAGCACUUCAAGUUCUCUGUGAGGCUCACUCGAGAGCCAACAUCAACAUCAUUGCACGCCCACAAGGACUUGAUGCUUCGCACUGCCAAGGCUGCGGCCCUGAUCCACUCCUCUGCGGUCGCCUAUGCUACUGUUCUUUGCGCCCACGUUCCUCUUGUCAGCCCAAAGAGUCUCCUGGAUUUUCUGGAAACGGCGGUCAUGCUGCUGGAUAGCCUGCAGGAGCAGAAUAACAAGCUGACGGAUCGGAUGAAACUGGCCGUCCUCAAGAUAGAGGAAGUGAGCAAGAAACAGCAAGAGCAUACGCGGGAUGUGCGCCUCCUGCAGCAGAAGCUGGUCCGGAUUAAAGAGCAAAUGUUACAGAGUCAGCGCGAGGUGGAGCGGGAGCAAGAAGUGCUGCAGCAACAGGAGAAGGAGUGCCAGAGCUACGAGGCCCGCAUUGACGCCCUUACCAAGGAACGGGAUGCCUUGGAGAAGGGGAAAGAGCAGGCCAUGAAGAAGGUGAGCCAAGACUACAAGGCAGCCCUCGCGUCCCUGCGCAUGCAGGACAUAGAGGAGCUGCGCAGCUACCGCCAGCCGCCGGCCCCCGUGGUCAGGGUGACCGACGUCCUCUGCGUCAUGUUCCACCAGGAGCCAGGCUGGGAGAAUGCCAAAGUGCUGCUCCACAGGGAAGAUUUCUACCAGGACCUGGUUUUCUACCCCAAAGACACCCUUUCAAAGGAGGUCUUCAGGGCCUUGGGUGAAGCGGUGCGUGACGAGGGCUUCUCCGCGGCCGUCAUCCGGAGCGCCAGCCAUGCGGCAGCGGCCCUCAGCCAGUGGAUCUCGGCUAUCUACUGGUACCACCUGGCCCUGUGGGACUGGCAGCCCACCAUGCUGCAGCUCCAGCGCUGUGACGAGCAGAUCAACACGGAGAAAAUGCACCUGGGCGAUCGGCGCCUGCACGCUGAGCACCUGAGAGAUGCCACCCAGGCCCGGAUCCGGGAGCUGAAGGUGAAGCAAGAACGCCAGGAGAAGCUGCUUCAGCAGCUCACACAGUCUCUUCAGGCCAAGGAGGAAGCCACCACCAUGGAGAACUCGGUGGCUGAGCACCUGGCCAACUGGACCGUGCUCACCAAGGAUCUGGAGCACCAGCAGAGCACUUUGUAUGGCAACGCCCUGCUCUGUGCAGCUGCCCUCUGCUACUUGGGCCCCUUCCCCCCAACGAGACGAGAAGAGCUCUUGGAAAAGUGGCAGGCCUUGUGUGCGGGGGCGCAGGUCCCCCUGGGUCCAGACGACAUCGGCCGGCUCCUGCGGCCAGUGCUGCCGUGCCCCAGCUCGGCCUCUCUUGGGCCCCCGCUGCUGGCGGUGCAGAGCCCCCUGUGCCUCGCUUCUUUGCUCAGCUCUCCUCGCGAGCAGCGCCUCUGGGACAGGGUUCACAAGCCCAAGGACCCUGGAAGCAGGCUAGCGGCCAUGAUCCUGCGUUCCGGCAUUCACGCUCGGGCUCACCGCUGGCCUCUCCUGGUGGACCCGGACAAGCAGGCCCUUGUCUGGCUGCUCCUGGCUUCGGCCGUGGAAGAGGAGGAAUCCUGUAUCCUCUCUGAGCUGGUGCCAGACAUGGUGGAGCAAGGAGUGUGUGAUGAGAUCCCCGAAGAUCGCCUGGAGAUCAUCUCGCUGACCGAUCCUGACCUGGAGAAGAACCUCUGGAAUGCCGUCAGUCAAAACUCCCCUGUGCUGCUGACCAACUUUGAAAAAAACGUCCCGUGGUGCCCGAGUCUCCAGCAGCUGAUGCAAAAAGGAUCCUUCGAGGAGCCCGAAGGGACAGUGCUUCGCUCCGAGUCCGAGGGCGAUGUGUCGGUGCCGCCCUCUUUCCAGAUGUAUCUUUCCACGGAGCUGCCUCUCGAGGCUUUGGUGGCAGAAGUUGACCAUGAGAUUCUGAAGAACCUGAAUGUGAUUGACCUCAGCCUCAGCCAGAGGGCGAUUGAGGACCUGCUGCUGGGCGAGGUGCUGCGUGCCGAACGCCGGGAGAUCCUGAAGAACCGGCAAGCCUUGCAUCUGGCCGUCCUGCACCUCGAGGGCAAGUUGGAGGCCACGGAGGAGGAGCUGAUGGACCUGAUCUCGCAGCCCCAGCGCUCUCUGCUCGAGGAGGAGAACUUCAUGCCCAUGGUGCGGCUCCUGCAGGCCCAAAUCCAGGCCCUGCAGGCCACCCACCAGCACAUGGCCUCUCAGCACCUGGACCAAGCGGCCCUGUGUGACAAGUACCGGCCCGUGGCCCACACAGGCGCGGCGGUCCACCGGGCGCUCCAGCAGGUGUGCCGCCUCCACCCGCUCUACCGCUUCCCCACCGACGCCUGCCUCGGACGCGUGCGGCAGGCCCUGGUCUCCACGAAGCGCCAGCAGGACACCAGCAAGCAGCAGUCCCUGGAGGCCCGGCUGCUGGAGCUGAGCAAGGCUGUCCUCCAGCAGCUGCUGGUCCAGGCGCUGCCCUCUCUGCGGGAGGCAGACCGGCUGCUCCUCUUCUUCCUGGGGGCCCUGGCCACGCUGCAGGGGGACCGCGCCGUCCUCCCCUUGGAGUGGCUGGUCUUCUGCGGGGGCCUGCAGGAACCCGGGGCCAGGGCUCUGCUGCAGGCAGCGGGAGCGGCGGGUCGGGUGGGGCUGCCGCCGCCGCCGCCUUGCCCCAGCUGGGUGAGCGCGGAGGCCUGGGAGCAGUGCGCCUUCCUGGAGGGCCUCCCGGGAUUCCAGGGGCUGCUGGCCUCGCUGAGUGAGCGGGACGCCGCCUGGCGGGAGUACUUCCGCCUGCCCUCCACCGUGGUGGGCCCGGCCUUGUGCCCCAGCCAUGCCCACCUCCGCCCCUUCCAGCGUGCCAUUCUGUGGCGCCUCUUGUGCCCCGGCACCAUGAGCAGGGUGGUGGCCGACCUCACCACCUGCUUGCUGGGCUGGUCCGUCACGGAGGAGAUGGCGGCCACCAACCCAUACUUUUAUAGCCGCACCAACAGACCCAUCAUCUUCCUCACUUCCGCCUUUGAGGAAUCUUCCGGCUCCUUCACGCACCCACUUUUCUGGAUCCAGCAGAUGGCGGCCCAGCGGGGCCGGGCGGGGAAAGUGGUGGUCAUCUCCUUUGGCACUCCUGAUGCCGCGCGGCGCGUGUGGCGAACGCUGCCCCUCUGUGCCAAGAAAGGCAAGUGGCUGGUCCUCAGCAACUGCCAUCUCCAAGAGCGCUGGGACCCAGAUGUCCUUUUGCAACUGGAUUCGCUGAUGAAUACAGUGACAGGCAACGCUGAAGGCAGGGGCCUCGAGAUCCACCCCAAAUUCCGCCUCUGGCUCAUCACGGCAGCUGAUGCCCCGCACUCCGUGCCAGGGCCUGUCCACCGCAAUGCCACCACCCUUUUCUGCGAGAUGCCCCUGGAGCCCAAGGCCAUCCUUGCCCACACUCACCGGCGCCUCCAGGGUCAAGCCCCCAACCUGGACACCUAUCAGCAGCUCCCUCUGCUGGUCCUCUAUGCGGUCCUGAUGUACAGACAGGCUUAUGCCCGAUGGACCCAGGCCAGCUCCUACCUCUGGAGCCAGGGGGAAGUCUUAGCAGGAGUCAGGGCCCAAGAGAAGCUGAGCCGAUGGACGGACUGCCCCGAAGAAGCCUUGCAGGAGCUAGCCGGGACCCUCCUCUAUGGAGGCCACGUCCUGGACAGUGGAGAUGCUCAGGCCGUGCAGAGCCUUUGCCGGCAAUGUCUGGCCUCGGCCGCCCACUUGCAGCCUGGCUCCGGCCUCCAAAGCCUUCUGGCUGCAGUCCUUGGCCGUCCCAGCUCAGGGCUCUCGGAAGAGGAGGCCGCGGCGGCCACCCAGGGCCGGAUCGAGCAGCUGCCCCGCCCUAUAGAUCCAGCGUGGGUGGGUCUGUGCAGCGGUCUGCAGCAGGAGCUGAUGGCCGAACGGAGCCGGGCUCUGCUUUCGGCCCUGCAGGUGUCCCAAGGCCACUGGAAACCCCCGAGCCUCCCCUGCCAGCACCAGCAGGAGGAAGCCCUGGCGCAGCUGGUGCGGCAAGCGCUGGGGCUCACCCGAGAGCUGCAGGAGAACCUUGUCCGCUGCGGCCAGGAGGUGGGCGUGCGGGGCCAGGCCCUCCGUGGGCAUCCCCGGGGCAAGGUCCGCCCCCUGCAGCGAUUCCUCCUGGAGGAGGCGGGCAGCUUCCUUGCCUUGCUGGAGCAAGUGGGCAGGGAUCUCUGCUGCACCCAGGAGCGCCUUCAAGGGGGGGGCGGCUGCUCCUCCCCCCGCUGCCACGCCAUCCUUCAGGACCUGCAGCGAGGCCAAAUGCCACGACCUUGGCUGCCCUAUGCGCCCACGGGGGCCCAGCCUCUGCCCGCCUGGCUCCAGACCCUUCAGCGCCGCUGCCAGCUUCUGUGCGCAUACCUGGGCUCCCUCGGGGGACAGCAGCCAGUGGCCCACUUCCAGCUGGCUGCCUUCCUCCACCCCCGUCGCCUCUUCCUCGCGCUGCUUCAAGAGACGGCACGGGCCGAGAAGCAAGACGUGGACACCUACCACCUGGAUCAGCUGGUCCUGCCGAGCGUGCUGCCCCCCAGCAGUGCACCGGAGAAGGGGGUGUACCUGAGCGGCUUGGAGCUCCACCAUGGCCUGUGGAACCCCCGCACCGGACAGCUCCAGGAGACGCCUUCCACGCAGCCGUGCCCACUGCCCACCGUUUGGGCCCAAGCCAGCCGGCAGCCGUGGGCCACAACGCCUGCCCAGCCUGGCUACCAGUGUCCAGUGUACUUGGGGGCGCCUGAAGUGUCGGUGCCUCUCAGCAGCCGCCUGGCCAUCAUGUCCUUGGCCCUCCCGUCCAAGCUGUCCCCAGACCUGUGUGCCCAGCGGAGGGUUUAUGCCGUCAGCCUUCUGCAGUGAGGCCUCCAGGGUGCAAAGCCAGGGCCCCGGUCGCCCUGGGGCCGGGUGAGGAGACCGGG